UUAUCUUCACUUUUAGCAUCUUACGAAGAUGAAAAGCCCCUAUGCAAUUUUCAGCAAGACCAUAUUGUCUGGGAUCGGCAUUAUACGCUCAAGGUAAGCUUAAAACACAAAUUAAGUGAUUUGCAUAACAAAUUUCCUGUUUUGGGUAAAACUGGUUCGGAAUAGAUUAUGAGUAGUCCCCUUUUUCCCUCAGGGAUAGUAGAGCGCGCGUGAAAAUCACCCCACGCGUCUCGCCUUCCUCGCGUGAGGUGAUUUUCACGCGCGCUCGCGUUUUGCUCGCUCUACUAUCCCUGAGGAAAAAUGGGGACUAAUUCGGGUUCUAACACCCUUCAGUUUGAAAAUGAAUUUACUGCAGGAAAUUCUAAUUAGAAGAAGUAUAAAACAACUCCUUAAUUCUUUUCAUCAUUUUUGUCAAAUUCCUAAGAUAAUCAUUAAUUUCACCUGUAUCCAGAAAUGUACAUGACCCGGUCCCUCCAGGCACUUCACUUGACUUCUCUUUGAUUCCUUGUAAUUUUCAUAUAUUUGACUUCAUGUUUCAAAGAAUUACUUGCAUUUGGAUGACGAUUAUCGCUAGGAUAGGGGAGACUUUGUGAUGUCUAUUGUAACCAUUAUGAAUCUCAUAACAGUGUAUUUCUGGGCGUAAUUUGUUAAUAUUUAGGGGCUGUCAAAUCGCGUUACCAUUGUCUCGCCCAUCCAAGACAGUCUUGGAUUCUGGAUUCCAUUUUGUGGAUUCAGGAUUCAAGGAUCUGUAUUCCGGAUACUUUGUCGGUGGAACUUACACCAGUCGUUGGUGGGAUUCCGGAUUCCUUUGAGCUGAGAUCCGGAUUCCAAAGCACAAGAUUCUUGUUUCUAUAAACUCUCGAAUCCAGAUUAAAUUACAUGGGGCGAAUUAUACACUCCUGUAUACACUAUACGUUUCUGGGAAACUGCCCACCUUCCCCUUCCCUAAGCCAACACUUAACACUUACUUCUCACUUAAGGCAAAAUGUUGGCUUAGGGGAGGGGUAGGUGGGAAUAUUCCCAGAAACGUAUAUAAUGAUCCCAUUAUCACACCAAUUUUCAUACUGUAUUAUCGAGGAAGUAUGUCAUAUUCUUUGUGCACAGGAUUUGUCCCGUAUCGAGGUGAAGACUCAAAGCGUCGAAAGUCCAACUUCGCUGAGCGGCAACUUUUUCGUUCCUAUUACAGAAGACAAAGAGCGAUGUCGCUCUCCAGAACUCUUAUACCCACCUAUUGCGAAUAUAGCAGAGGUAUUUAACGUAUUUGUUACUACGCUGUGAAGUACUUUGAACCGCGGCAGGAUUAGCUCAGUGCAAGAGAGAAAAUGAGACAUAGAGGGAAUCUUAGGGCGUUGGCCAGGAAAUGUGAAUUUUCUAAACUCAUUUUUAGAGGUUGUAAUUAAACGGAACUCUAUUUCCUUGAAUGUGCGCAGAUUUAAAUCGAUGGUUUGAAAUAUCAUCAAGUCCUUUGACUAGCUCAAAGCGGAAAAAAACAGAAUAUUAUAAUGGCGACUAUUGAAUUCUCUCUUAAACUGGCAAUGAAUGAAAAUUUAAGAAACUCCCAGAAAAUCAACUUCUGGUUAAUUUAAGCGUUCAUUUGUCUAAAAAUAACUUUGGUGAAAUUUGCAUACCCAAGGGCUAGACUACGAGUAGUCUCCAUUUUUCCUCAGGGAUAGUAGAGCGAGCGAAACGCGAGCGCGCGUGAAAAUCAACUCACGCGGGAAAGGCGAGACGCGGCGGUUAGAGAGAAAAAUGAGGGACUACAGACAAAGCCCAAGCUUUUGACCUUAUGACCUUCACUGCAGAGCGGGACGUCAUGGGUUCGAUUCCCAGGGCCGGACCAAUACAAGGGUCUUAAAAUAACCGGGAAAUGAAGGUACUUCCUUUGCCCUGCAAAUGGCUAGACCUUCGCGUGGCUCAGAUGACUACGAAAAAUGGUGAAAUUACUAGUAUCCACAAUGAAUACUUUCUUGCAUGAUACAUUGAUACUUUAAUCAAGUACCUUUUUUUUUUUCCCGGAUUACCUUCACAGUCUUCCGCCCGUAAACGGUCCGUAAAAGGUUUUGUAGCGUGCAUACAAAACCGAACUGAACUAAAUUACGACUCGAAACUGUUUGAGAGGUUCCGGUGCAGUAUCAAAUCAACGGUUGGACUAAUGUACCUAAGGGAAUAAUUACAGUAUCAACGAACAAUUUAAGUAGCAACAAAAAAUUACAUUUUUUGUUUUGCUUUCUUACCACAGACAAAGGAAAGAUUGCCUUCACCGUGCGACUCCGGUAGAUCUUCGCCAAUCUUCGUUUCGGGAUACGAAGCUGAGCGACAACGAAACGACAUUAAGCAGUUUGGACGAGAAGCAGCUUGUAAGCUAGCUGAAAGACGAGCGGAGUAUGCAAAAAGAAGAAUGAAACAAGUACACGAGGAGACUGUCAUAAUCGAGGUAAUAGUUGCGCUGCAAUUAAAUCUCAACUAAUAAUGAACUCUAUAGGGCCAAAAUUCAAUUUUACCUUGUUUCCAUGCAGGGUUAUAAUCGAAACUGUCAAAAAUAGUAUGCCCAUGCCCCAAGGUAAAAUAAAAAGCUACAAACUCCAUCGACUUCACCUUUUACGCAACAACGAGUUUCUACUUUGUACAUCACUUUUAUUGGCAGCAUCUCUUAUUUUUGUUCAUAAAAUUACCGUGAAAUUUCAAGAGGCAGGAGAAGCUAACUAAAGGUACUAGCCGGGCUCAAUUCCCAGCUCGCGCUGUUCCGGAAAGCCUCAAGGUGGCGGGGUAUUCUGUAGUUACCACAAGACAGGUUUUCUGGUUUAGAGAACAGGCGUUAAACGAUAUUAUUUUUCUGUCCAAUACUUUAGCGCAACAUAGAGGAAGCCAUCAUCAACAAACUAGAACUACUUACAAUGGCCGACGAGUUAGAAAAGCAAAGGGAAUUCUUCAAAGGCCGAAAAGCUAAAUUAUGGCGGCGAUGUGCAAACAUGGCGGAAAUCUUGGCCAAAGGAGAAACAGAAGCAGCAUUAUGGCAGCAAAGAUAUAAGAAAGCUAUGAUGGUUGCGCCAGGGAACAUGGAAUUUUUCUGA